AUGAACAAUAAAACAUAUUGUGAAGUUAUUCGAUGGUCUCCACAAGCUAUGACAAUAGUCAAACCCAUAUUUUAUAUGUGUAUUUUUGCCACCAUCAGUCAUACUCUUUUCUGGAUUCAAUUUAUUGCAUAUCCAUCCGUUCGACAACAUUCAAUGCAAUGGGUCUAUGCUUAUUUGAUAACUGAUGAAUUAUUACUCUUUCGAUUCUUUCUAAUCUAUGCUUAUCGAUGGUUACCAGUAUGUGUACCUUAUACUUUUCGUAUGGCGUUUUGCUAUGCUGAAGCUAUCUUUGACAACUAUUUGAAUCUAUUACAAAGUUAUAUUCUUUUAGCAUUAAAUAUCUCUCGUUAUUUACAAAUUGCUUAUAAUCAUAAUGUUUAUUCUUCGAAUGGUCGCUUGAUCGUUGUUGCUCAUAUUGCCAUUUAUAUCACACCCCUAUUCGGUCAUAUUAUUUCCAUCAUAUGCGGAUGGUGUAUUCUUGAGAAUCCGCCAGGCGAUGUAUGUGAUCUUCUACCUGUUUCGUUGACUAUUCGACUUUUCUUUCUUUUAUUUUCUUAUUUUAUACCAGUUAUAUUGACAUUAAUCUUUCUUUUACUCAGUCUCAAUUAUAUUCAUAAUACACAAGGUAUUCAAACACAAGUAAUUGUUGAUGCACGCUUAAAAUAUCAUCGACAAUUAGUUGUACAAUCUGGCGUAUUCUAUUCUCUAUGGUUAAUCUUGUGGUCACCUCAUCUCGUUGUAUUUCCAUUCUUUUAUAAAAACAGUACAGUGGGAACUGUCGCGCAAAUCCUAAAUUAUCUAAGUAUAUUAGUUGAUCCAAUCGUGAUAGCUGCACUUGAUGUAAGAUUUUUACGUGCGUGGAAAUCGACUGGCGAAUAUUUUCGACGAUAUAUAAGACGGCAACAAUCGGUACGUGCCCCAAUAACAUAUCCGUUAGAUUUGUUGGACCGAGCAAAAGAAUAG